AAUAUGGCGGGUUACCGAUAUACAUGCACUACGUGUCGGUAGUUUUGUUUAAUGCAGACGCCUGGUCUGGGGGUGUCCUCUCAGGCGCAGCCCAGUGCCCUCCACCGCCACCACCUAAAAGCUUCCGCGGGGCAACCUGGUCGCGGCAUGUACCUUAGAAGGCGCACGGGGGCGGGCACGCGCACGUGAGGACUUCCGGGGAGCGAGCGCGCCGCCACCGCCUCAGAGCCGGGCAGGGUUAGCCGGUGGUGGGGCUUGAAGGUGAUGUCCCCGAUGGAGGGCCGUGAAGCCACUUCACUCGCUCGUUCUGCAAUCGCGGCUGGCGACUCGGUCCCCUCAUCGUCAUGAGAGAAGACAGUGACCUGAAGCAAAGCAAUCUGGAUCACAGAAAAAGUAUUCAAGGGUCAUGCAAGCCAACUGUAGCCAAUUGCACAGUCCUCCAGGAGCUGUAGGCAGUGAGGAUGCCUCAGUCUCCCAGUGUGUCCACACAAGAUUGACAGAAGGUUCUUGUCUUCAUUCUGGAGAUGUGCAUAUCCAAAUAAAUUCCAUACCUAAAGAAUGUGCUGAAAACCCAAGCUCCAGAAAUACAAGGUCAGGUGUCCAUAGCUGUACCCAUGGAUGUGUACAUAGUCGCUUACGGAAUCACUCCCAUAAUGAAGCAAGGCAGCCUGAUAAUACUUCCAUGGAAUCUGGAGAUCAUGGUAGUAACUCCUUCUCAGAAUUCCAAUCUCUCUUCAAGUGGCUGCAAAAAAGUCUUCCAUAUAUUCUGAUUCUGGGUGUCAAACUUGUAAUGCAGCAUAUAACAGGAAUUUCUCUCGGAAUUGGACUGCUUACAACUUUUAUGUAUGCAAACAAAAGCAUUGUAAAUCAGGUGUUUCUAAGAGAAAGGUGCUCAAAGAUUCAGUGUGCUUGGUUACUGGUAUUCUUAGCAGGAUCUUCUGUUCUUUUAUAUUACACCUUUCAUUCUCAGUCACUUUAUCACAGCUUAAUUUUUUUAAAUCCUACUUUGGACCAUUCAAGCUUCUGGGAAGUACUUUGGAUUGUUGGAAUUACAGACUUCAUUCUGAAAUUCCUCUGCAUGGGCUUAAAAUGCCUUAUUUUAUUGGUGCCUUCCUUCAUCACACCUUUUAAAUCCAAGGGUUACUGGUAUAUGCUUUUGGAAGAACUGUGUCAGUAUUACCGAACUUUUGUUCCCAUACCAGUUUGGUUUCGUUACCUUAUAAGCUAUGGGGAGUUUGGUAAUAUAACUAGAAGGAGUCUUGGGAUAUUGCUGGCUUUACUCUACCUCAUCCUAAAACUUUUAGACUUUUUUGGACAUCUAAGAAAUUUCAGGCGGGUUUUGCAAAUAUUUUUUACACGACCGAGUUACGGAGUGGCUGCCAGCAAGAGACAGUGUUCAGAUGUGGAUGAUAUUUGUUCAAUAUGUCAAGCUGAAUUUCAAAAGCCAAUUCUUCUCAUCUGCCAGCAUAUAUUUUGUGAAGAGUGCAUUACCUUAUGGUUUAACAGAGAGAAGACAUGUCCGCUGUGCAGAACUGUGAUUUCAGACCAUAUAAACAAAUGGAAAGACGGAGCUACUUCAUCACACCUUCAGAUAUAUUGAGUUGUAUAAACUUUUAAGGCCACAAAACACUGAAGUGUUGUAGUCCAGUUCAUCAAAAGAUUGAAAGAACCCCAUGUUUUAAAAUAUAUGUAUGUUGAACUGAAUGCAUAUGCAAUAUUAUUCUAUCUUAAUUGACA